CAAUCUCCCCAUCAACCUCAUCCUUUCCUUCGCUUUUGGGGAUUCGCCUUCGACUUCUCUCCCUCGAUUCGAUCGCCUGCCCGAGCGAGCUGCCACAUUGUAUCCUUUUGGCAUCUCUUCUCUGCUUCAGGUGAGUACCCGAUUACACAUUUCCAUCUUCACACCUGUCGGGGGCAGUGCUGGUGGUCUGUUUUGGCUUCUGGAGCCAGAGAGCUUGGGGCGUGGAUAUUCGACGGGCUGCUGCUGCAUCAACCGGUUGAUUCCCUUCUCCUACGACCCGACACCGUUUCGAUCGAUACAUCUUGGAUUUGGCCCUGCCCCUUUCGACAGGCUUGAUUGCUUUCUUGUCGGCAUCGCCAUCAGGGGCAAAGUCAGUCGUGGCCAGUGUCGUGCAGGAGCUGCUGCGCCUGCGUCCGCAGUCCUGGGCUGGAAGAGCCUUUUUGCCGCGCCUCCAAUCAAGGAUCCCAGCACCCGGCAGCAGCCCAGCUUGAUCAACCUGUCGCCUCAUCCUCCUUUGCUGUCCAACCGCACGCAGCGCCACGCCAUCAGUCCCCGACUCUUUCUUGCCCCUUCCGCUCCCCGACCGACAUCUUGGAAUUCCAUCAAUUUUCAUCAAACACUGACCGCUGGUUUUGGUAUUUGUUUACAGGCAUCGAUUUUUUGCAAGCACGCUUCCAUUCCAGACUCGAUCCACGCCGUUGCCACGACCGAAACUUUCCGUCUCUCUGCCUAGACAUUCUUCAAGGUGGUCCGGUGACCGCCUCUACCGCCGCAAUGGCUUCGUCGUCUUCCAACGUGGUUGGAGUUCACUACAGGGUGGGAAAGAAGAUUGGUGAGGGUUCGUUUGGUGUGAUUUUUGAGGGCACCAAUCUUCUCAACAACCAACAAGUUGCUAUCAAAUUCGAACCUCGCAAGAGUGAUGCUCCUCAGCUGCGAGAUGAGUACCGAACUUACAAGAUCCUUGUUGGAUGCCCUGGUAUUCCUAAUGUGUACUACUUCGGUCAGGAAGGACUUCACAACAUCCUCGUGAUCGACCUGCUUGGUCCAUCUCUUGAGGACCUUUUCGACCAUUGUGGUAGGAGAUUUUCCAUCAAGACGGUCGUCAUGGUGGCCAAGCAGAUGUUGUCCAGGGUCCAGACAAUUCACGAGAAGAACCUCAUCUACCGUGAUAUCAAGCCCGACAACUUCCUCAUUGGUCGCCCCGGCACCAAGGCCUCUAGCGUUAUCCAUGUUGUCGACUUCGGCAUGGCCAAGCAGUACCGUGACCCGAAGACGAAACAACACAUCCCUUAUCGCGAGCGAAAGUCGCUUUCUGGAACUGCUCGAUACAUGAGUAUCAACACUCAUCUUGGUCGUGAGCAGUCUCGACGAGACGACCUCGAGGCCCUCGGUCACGUCUUCCUCUACUUCCUCCGUGGAGGACUCCCCUGGCAGGGCCUGAAGGCUGCCACCAACAAGCAAAAGUACGAGAAGAUCGGUGAGAAGAAGCAGACGACGGCGAUCAAGGACUUGGCCGAGGGCUUCCCUGAGGAGUUCAACAAGUAUCUUACCUAUGUCCGUAACCUGGGCUUCGAGGAUACUCCUGAUUACGACUACCUCCGAGAGCUUUUCACCCAGGCCCUGAAGACGACCGGCGAGGUUGAGGAUGGCGAGUACGACUGGAUGAAGAUCUCGAAGGAUUCGGGAAAGGGAUGGGACUCGAAGAACCACAACGCCGCGUACCUGCACAACCCCAACGUGAGGCCUGGCCCCUCGCAGAUGGAGCUGCACAGCGGCCACCGUCCCGGGAAUACGAACUCUCACCAACAAGCGCAAAACCUUACUGUCAGCCGUUUAAACGCCGCGCAACCCCCUCCUCCGUCUCCGAUCAAGCAGAUGGGCAAGCAGAGAGAUCGGCCAAGCGCCCCCGGCGCCUUGUCGGCGCAGAGGGGGAGCGGGGUUGGGGGUCUUCGGGACAUGGCCACGCCAACUGGCUCAACUCAGGCCCAGUUCCAGAACAGCGCCCAGAACCUGCCUCAGCCGAGGACCUCCCAGCAGGGACCGGCGACGCAGCUCGCCCAGCCUAGCGACCAGCCUGCCAACCCUCAGCCCAGUGGUUUCCAGAAGCUGAUGAAGACGCUCUGCUGUGGUUAA